AUGAAGAGCGUCAUGGAUCUCCUCCAUAAGGACGACGGCACGUACUCCAAGGUUCACGUAUUCGCGUUCGUGCUCGCAGCGUUGCACGUCGGCGCGCUUGGGUUGUGGGUGUAUCUUACGGUUCGCCAACGCCCGGCAACUGCGUCCGAGCGCGUCGAUCCGAGUAAGGAUGACUAA